GGAGCGAAGCUAGCUCCUCGUGUACGUGCGGCCGAACAACCGAGAGAGCGUAGGGUACGGCCCGAGUACGCCGCCCGCGCGCUAGGAAAGACGGGCGCCCUGAUACCCGGACGGACGCGCGUACGAGCGAGAAAGAGGUGAGAAAGGCGAGGAGCCGAAUCGCGACGGCGAGUGUCGCCGGAUCGACGCCGGACGCGAGACGAGAGUGCCGCGAGCUCGUCGGCUCGGCCAGAGGAGAGGGACGACUCUUGCCCGGCCCGGGCCGCGAUGUGCGCGACAUGAGUGGCCGCGGCCGCGCUCUUAAGACCGGGAGCGCGUCGGCUUCGGAGUAGCGCGUGGCAAUCUGGGCGGCGCUCGGUCGCCGGUCACUCCCGCGAUGUCGAGUCGGCGCGGCGGUCGGUCGGCGCAGGUCGCACGGUCGGUGGGCCCGAGGCGCCCGGUCCCGGCGCCGGUCACGUGAGCGGCUGCGCGCCCUAGGAUGCGGCUCCCCGUUGCCGGUGGUGAAUCCCGCGGGUGGUCCCCGCGGCCGGGCGCGCCGCCUUCCGGCGUCCUGUGAGACGCGCGCGCGAGACAUAGGCAGGGACGUACGAGGGCGUUGGACGAGGCGGACGCGAGCGGGAAGCAAUCCGCGGAGGAGGAAAGAAGGAGCGAGCGAGAGAGGGCGAUAGAGGAGGAUAGAGAGAGAGGGUGCGCACGAGCCGAGCGGAAGCGAGAUAGCCCGUCUAGUGCGCGCUCGCUCGGGGCACGGAGGAGUGUUCGGGCUCCGUGGCAGCGGGAAAGUGGUGCGUGCGAGGUUCGCCGUCGACGGUCGUGCGUGCGUGCGUGCGCGCGUGGUCGGCCAGUGGUGCUCGGUGGCUGGCUGGCCGCCGCGGGAGUCCUCGUCGAGAGGCCGCCGCGGCCGAGGGAGGCGGAGGGCCCCAGCCACCGCGCGGAGCCGAGUGUCGCCGAGUGUGCCCGAGUGUGCGGCCGAGUGUCCCCGAGCGGCCCGAGUGGCCGCGCGGGAGUGUGACCGGGCCCCGUGUGUGACCCGAACCGGGCCGGACUCGGCCCGCCCAGGAGGGAGGGAGUGCCCAGGUCGGCGAGUUGUGUGUCGUUGUACGGUGCCGCCAAACGAUACCACAACAUCCGAUCCCAAAUGAAGAGUUCGGAGCAAAAUGGUUAGAGAGACACGUCACCUGUGGGUUGGAAAUCUGCCGGAAAACAUCCGAGAGGAUCGCAUAAGAGAGCACUUCAAACGGUAUGGACGCGUGCAGAGCGUCAAGUUGCUGCCACGGGGCGAGGAAUGCCCCGUGGACGGUGGUUCCGUCGGGGCCCUUGGCGAGGGUGCCGAGGGUGUCUGCGGCUCCGGUUCCGGCGGCGGCGUCGGUGGGGGUGGAGGUUCCGGGACGUCCAGCAGCGGCGGCGCCUCGGCGACGGUGGCGUUCAUGGAUAUCAAGUCCGCGGCGAAGGCCCACGCGACCGAGCACACCCUGGACGAACGAGCUCUUACUACCCAGUACUAUGAACCCCAGCAUCUGCAGCACAGGUUUCCCUCGCACGGAAGCGCGGACCGGGACCGGGACGAUCAUGGAUCCGGAGUCGGCGUGGGCAGCGGCGGCGGCGUCGGCGGCGUCGGAGGCAGCGGCGGAGGUGGCAGCGGCGGAGGCGUCGGCGUCGAGGCGUUCGAGCCGCGCGGCUCCCACGGCGGGUUCUACGGGGGCGAGCGGGGUGACCGAGGGGAGAGGAGCGGCCGCGGCGUGGCGGGCGGCGGCGGCGUCGCGGCGGUGGACGCUGGGGGCGAGCCCGGGGGCUACCUGCCCCGCGGGCGGCCUCCCCCUCCAGGGGGGUACCACGUGACGUCGACGAGAGCGAGGGACCGGCUGUACCCCCGAGCGGGGCCCUACGGGCCCGGGGGCCCGCCGCCCCCGCCUCCCCACCUAGACCGCCACCGGGGGAGCCUGCCCCCGACGGCGUGGUCCAGCUACGAGUCCUCGGGGACGAGAUACGGCUCGUCGUCCUCCUCGUCCUCCUCCUCCGUGGGCCAGUCGGGCGCGACGCCCUCGGGGGACUGCUACCAGCAGCAGCAGGAUGAGGCGGGUGCGGCCGCGGGGGCGGUCGGCGGCGGCGCGGGCGGCGCCCCUCGACAGCACAAGAAGCAGCGCAGGAAAUCGCGGAGCGGCAGCAGCUCGCCCAGCGGCUCGAGUCGCUCGGCCAGCAGCACGAGCAGCCGCAGCCGCAGCCGCAGCGGGAGCUCCGGAGGCAGCAGCACGGCCGCCGGCAGCUCCUCCCCCGGCAGCUCGCCGCGCCGGGGGUCGGGCGGCGGCCCCGGGGGCGCCGCCGUCUCCGAGGACCGCCGACCUCUGGCCAUCUGCGUGCGCAACCUGCCGGCCCGCAGCAGCGACACCUCCCUCAAGGACGGCCUCUACCACGAGUACAAGAAGCACGGCAAGGUCACCUGGGUCAAGGUCGUCGGGGCCGCUGGCGACCGGUACGCCCUGGUCUGCUUCAAGAAACCCGAGGACGUCGAGAAGGCCCUCGAGGUCUCGCACGACAAGCUCUUCUUCGGGUGCAAGAUCGAGGUCGCCCCUUACCAGGGCUACGACGUCGAGGACAACGAGUUCCGGCCGUACGAGGCCGAGCUGGACGAGUACCACCCCAAGGCCACGCGCACCCUCUUCAUCGGGAACCUCGAGAAGGACACGCCCGCCUCCGAACUCAGGAAGCACUUCGAGCCCUUCGGCGAGAUUAUCGAAAUCGACGUGAAGAAACAAGGAUCCUCGACGAGCUACGCGUUUUGCCAGUACUCCGACAUCGAGAGCGUCGUCAAGGCUAUGCGGUCCAUGGACGGCGAGCACCUAGGGGCCAACCGGCUCAAGCUGGGAUUCGGCAAGUCCAUGCCCACCUCCUGCGUCUGGGUGGACGGGAUCGGAGAGUGCGUCUCCGAAAAGUACCUGAACGUCCAGUUCCACCAGUUCGGCCCGAUAACGCAGGUCGUCGUCGACCGGGAGCGCGGCCACGCGCUCGUCUUCUUCGAGCAGAUCAGCUGCGCCCAGGCGGCCGUCAAAGAGAUGCGCGGCGCCACCCUCCGCGGGCGCCGCCUCCAGGUCGACUUCGCGUCCAGGGAGUGCCAGGACGCCUUCUACGAGCACCUAGAGCGACAGGGCGUCCCCGGGGAGAAGCCCUGGGAUUCCAGGCCCUCCCCGGCCGCCAACUUCGACGUCGCGAGGGAGCGGAGCUUCGAGUCGUCGGUGACGGUGCCGAGCGCGGGUAGCAGGUUCGCCCGGUAUGAGACGCCGCCCCGGGCGCGGACGGCGAGCUACUCGCGCAGCGGCAGCGGCGGCGGUGGAGGAGGCGGCGGGGGUGGCAGCGGAGGCGGUGGCGCGGGCGGCGGCGGAACUCCUGGGGCGAGUCCGGCGCACCCCACGGCGAUGUCGCGCAGCGGGCGCAGCCGGUACCAAGCCGACCCGUACUACGAGGCGGACUACGGGGAGCCGGCGGCGCGCAGCCGGUUCCGGGCCUACGACGAGUUCAGCCAGGGCAGCGGCGCGAGCCACGACGACUACGAGCCGGGGGUUAUCGGCGAAACGAAGAUCGUCGCCGAGGACGACUGCCCACCCCCGUCGUCCUUGCGGCGCCACGCGGUGCAAAGCGUCGUGACGAGCGUCGAGCCCCCGGUGCCGCCCCCGCCGCUGCUCCCGCCCCCGGACAUCCGACACCUGCAGAAGGAGCGGGUGCACCUGCUGGAGCAGCUGGAGGAGUGCCACAGCAGCGGCGACGAGGGCUUCGCCCCGAAGAAGCGCGCCAAGCUCGAGGGAGCGACCAUCCUCUGCGACGACGACGAGCCCGAGAUUGCCAACCUCCUGGUGACCGCGCACUCGGCCGGCCGGAAGGGGAUGGACGUGAGGAGGGUCAGCGACGGGAAGGUGAUCGUCCACCACGCCCCGAGGAGGGCGAGCUGCGAGGCGCGGGGCGCCGGCCCGUGCAAGCGGCGUCGCGACGCCGCGAGCCGGCACCACGAGCACCACGAUGGCUCCAGGCCCGGCACGCCACUCGUCGACGAGCGCCCCGAGAACCUGGUGCCUAGCGAGCCGAGGCGGUUCCGCGAGCGCAGCCACGAGGGCCCUCUCUCGUUGCCCCUGCCCAGGUUCGCCGCGCAGAUGAUGAACAGCGGAGGUGGUGGUACCGGCCGCUCGGUCGGCGCCGGCCCGAACAAGCUGGCGAGCCCGCCCGGGGUGGCGGGCAUCCCGAACGCCGCGAGCCCGCGGACGGCCCCGCAGCCGCCCGCCUCGCCGCCGCCCCGGCAUCCCAGCCCCAGCCCCACCAGCUCGGACAGCGAGACCGCGCCCCAGUCACCUAGCCUGGAGGAGCGCAUCCGCUCGCUCGACGAGAAGUACGAGAAGUGGUCCGGCUCGCGCGCCCUGAGCGCCGCCGGCGGCGACGCGCUCGCCAAGCUCGACGCCUCGGCCACCGAGCGGUUUCGCUUCCGGCACAAGCUCCUCGACCUCGACCUCCACGAGGUCCAGCCCUCGGACAUCGUCAAGUCGGUCCUCGCCAAGCGGAGCGUCUUCGACGAGGACUCGAAGCGCCUCGAGAACUUCAGCGAGAAGUACGAGCCCCGGGAGUUCACCGGCGUGAUCGGCGUCGGCUCCAUGAUCGGCACCGGGAGCCUCGUCGGCUGCACCGGGAAGGUCUGCCUGCAGUACCCGUUUCCUAGUCACCCGCCGAUGCAGCCGACUGGCGGCGUCGCGACGACCCUGCCCUCGGCCAUCCCGAGCCUGUCGCCGGUCCUAAAGACGGACUCGAGGAUCGUCCACAACUGCGUGCACCCGGUCCCAGCCACGCCGAUCACGCCCGGGGCCUCCUUGAAGACCGUGAGCCCCGAGCUGCCGCCGGUCACCCUGCCGGUGAUCGGCUCAAGCGGGGCCGGCGCCGCCGGCAUCGGCGGCAUCCCCGGCAUCGGCGUUGGCGUCGGCACCGGUGGUUUACCCGUGGGAAGCUCCACCACCAACAGCGCGAGCGGCUCCCUAAGCGCUUCGACGACGCGAGCUAACGUCCCGCCCGGGCUGACGGCGUCGGCCGGCGCGUCGACGUCCGCGACGCCGAGCGUCGCGACACCCCUCGCCAUCCCGGCGACGGGCUGCCAUCCGCCCACCGCGACGUCGACAGGCGCCGUUCUGUCGGCGUUCUCCUCCGUCUCGUCGAUGUCGUCGCUCUCCUUGUCCUCGUCCUCGUCUUCGCUUUCGUCGUCCUCGUUGUCCUCGACCUCCUCCACGUCCUCGACCUCCUCGACGGAGGCCACGCGGAGCAGGUCGAGGAAGGAGGCGAGCACCCUGAACGGCCGAGAGAGCAAGGACCCCCGCGAAAACAGGGAGACCAACAAGGACACCGGCAGGGAGUCGAGGCACGGCAAGGGGAAGGACUGCGCCACCAGGAGGUCGCUGUCCAGGAAGGAUGACUUCCUCGAGGCCGAAAAGGCGAUCACGACAGCGACAAGGAGGGAUCGCGAAGACAAGGAAGACCGAUUGAACCCUCCCGCGAGUGGAGAAACGAGCGCAGCGAGCGGAAACGCGGAGGCGGAAACGCACCCCAGAGAAGCGAAGGACCCCAAGGAAGGAAGCAAGCACGAGAGAAAGGAAAGAGACGACAGGAACGACAGGGACAGGGAGAGGAGAGAGAGGGACGAGCGCGAGCGACAGGAGAGGAGGGACAGGGAGGAAAGGGAGAGGACGGAGAGGAAGGAAAGAGAGGAGCGCGAGAGGCUGGAGAAGGAGCGGCACGAACGGCAGGAGAGAGAGCGACGGGAGAAGGAGGAACGACAACAGAGGGAGCACGAGAGAGACAGAGAGAGGAAGGAGAGGGAAGAGGCGGAAUCGCGGGAACGGCGGGAGCGCGAGGAGAAGGAGAGGAGGGAGAAGGAGCGGAAGGAACGGGAGGAGAAGGAAAGACUAGAACGGAGAGAGAGGGAGGAGAGGGAGAGGCGCGAGAGGGAGCAGCGCGACCGGAUGGAACGGGAACGACAGGAGAAGGAGCGCGCGAGGAAGGAACAGAGGGAGAGGGAGGAGCAGGACAGGCGAGACAAGGAAGACCGAGAACGUCGCAGAGAGAGGGAGCGGAACGAAGAGAAGGAGCGACUGGAGAGGGACAGGAAGCGCGAGCGCGAGAGGGAGGAGAAGGAGCGCCUGGAGAGGGAGAGGCGGAAGGAGAAGGAGGAACGGGAACGACAGGAGAGGGAGAAGAGGGAAAAGGACGAGAGGGAGAGAGAGAAGCACGACCGGGAGAAGAGGCGCGAGCGGGAGGACCGCGAACGGCGCGACAGGGAGGAGCUGGAGAGGCGCGAUAAGGACAGGCGACGCGACCGGGAGGAGAAGGAGAGGGACAAGGACAAGGAGAAGAGGGACCGCGAAGAGGGCACCCCAAGGCGCCAGCAGCCCCUGGAGAACCACCGUCCUUGCUCGCCGGCGUCCGUCCCAACGCCCUCGACGCCGGCGUCUGCGAGCACUCUGACGGUCGCGGCGUCGCCGGCGACUCUCGGCGCGACGGCCGGAGUCCCGGGCUCCGCUACUUCCAGUCCCACGGGGGCGCCGACCGGCGCCUCCUCCGGGACCACCAACCACCAGACGACGGGCGGCGCGGCGGCGCUCACCGGGAAGCGUCGGUGCUCCUCGCAGGAGGCCUCCGAGGAGGAGCCCAAGCGCAUGAGGGUCUCCACCGAGCACCGCAGGGAGAGCAAGGACCGACCUAGACAGAACCGAAAAUCGGAGGAUCGCAAGCACCGCGGCACCGAGCAUCGCGCCAGCAGAGACAGUCGCGACAGUCGCGACAGCCGCGAUAGCCGCGACGGCCGCGACAACCGGGAGAGCCGAGAGGUCAAGGAGACCAUCGCCGCUACCCAGCACGACCCUGCAAAGGACUCCCCCGAGCAGCACCCUUCGCUGCAGAAGGAACAUCAGCACUUGGCCAGAGAGAACUGUCGAGACUCCGGCAAGGACAAGCAGCGCAGCAGGCGGAACCGCCUCGAGCGCCCCGAGAAGGACAAGGACAAGGACGCCAGGGAGCGCAGCCCCAGGGUGGCCCAUGGCGAACCCGACAAGGAGUUCCUGUCCAGGCUGGAGUUGUCUAAAAGGAACGACUCCGCGGACCAGCACCAUCCUCGCGAUGGUCAUCAUCACAGCGAUCUGGACGAUGGGCUCCUUUCGACCCAUGAGAUGCAGGCCCUCAGGCAUCCCUCAGCUACCGACACCGAUAGCGACGAACCCAAAAAGCACUCCAUCUUUGAUAUCGUCGACGACGAGCCCGCCUACAUCAGCAUGUACGACAAGGUCAAGGCCAGGUCUACCAAAAAUAUGCAGAAAUUGGAGGAGGAAAAGCGGCAGGUCCGACUCAAGGACAAAUUCUCGCAGCUCAAGCAGAGUCGAGCUAGGCGCGAGGAGAAAAAGCAGAGCACCAGCUGGGACGGCGAUUCCGUCAGCAGCAAGGCCCUCACCGAGGACGAGGCCACCUCCGAGUCCGACUCCGCCAGAGCCAAGUCCUUGUCCAGGAAGGGCUCGAGGUCCAGGAUUCACUCCGACACCAGCGAGGAGGAAGAGGUCGGCGCCUUCGGCUCGAAGAUGCGCAAGGUGAAGACGGAACAUUUCCUAGAAUGCGACGUGGACCUGGGUUUCGCGGACACGGAGGAGAAGCACCAUCCCCUGGAGCCGACGAGCGUGGUGUCAGGAGGAACGACGAUGAACAAUGCGCGCAGCGUCAUCGUGAAGGAGGAGGUGAGAACCUCCGACGACGAGGACAGGACGAGCGGCGCGACGGCGUUCCGGGGUGCUAACCGGCCGGUCAACAACCACGAGAGGGAGGCAAGGAAGAAGAGUCACAAGAAGAAGCAGAAGCGCCAGAAGAGCUUGGUGCCGGAAGAGGCGACCUCCAAGACCGUAGAAACCUCGGAAGAGCAUCCGCGAGGCAAGGCGAACGCUAUCGCGGCGACCGCGGCGGUGGCGGUGUCGGCGACAGGAGCAACGGCGUCGGCAACAGGAGCAGGAGCGAUCGCAGCAGUUGCAGCGGUUACAGCACCCACGGAGAGUGCAGGCGCAGCGGGACCGGUACCAUCCUUACCGCCACCGCCGCCGCCCCCAAGACCAGCGGUACCCUCGACGACGACCGUCACGUCCACGGCGACGUCGCCCGCGGCGAGCGACGCGGCGACGACCGCGACGAGUCCCUCUACGCCAGGGACGCCGACUUCCACGGCGAAUCAGCCCACCGGCACCAACAUCGCCGAGGGCGUCGAGGAGAGUGCAAGGCCCGACAAGCGACAACGCAACAAGAAGGAAAAGCGUCGCGAACGCACCGUCGAGGACAAGGUCAAGGCCCGAAGGAAGCGUCUGGGUCGCCAGGAAGGCAGGGACUCGCAGAGGAUGGAGGACAUCUUCGGGCCGAUCUCGGACGUGGACGAGGCGCCGAAUGCGUUCUUCGAUCGGCUCGGUAGUUUGCCCGCGACGAACUCUUACGCGUCCGAUAGCGAUGGCGCCCACAGUCCGCUGAUCGACGUCGACCGGGCGCGUCGCAAAGCCGAGCGGAAGCGUCGCCACCAGCCGGAGGACGAGGACAGUGUCGACCUGGCCGAGGCGGGACGCGAGAUAGAGGCGAAGUUGUUGGGCUUGCAUCCUGUCUCGCCGAAGUCGGCAGGCGGCUGUCCGGAUAUCCACGAGCGGGACCACGACGUCUUCCGGUUCACCGAUGACAACGACAGCGUCGAGACGGCGGCGCCCACCGCCGUGCAGGAGAAGAUUAAGGAAAAGAAGAAGAAGCGCAAGAAGUCGAAGGAGGAGCGCGCCAGGAAGGACUACCAUCACCAUCAUCACCACCACCACCAUCACCACCAUCAUCACGAGAAGGCCGCGGCGGCGGCUGCCGCCGGGACGCUGCCUUUCAUUGGGGAUGAGCCCAGUCCACCUAGGAGUAUUGGUCAGAUCCAUCCGAAGACGGCGUCGCCGGCGUCCGGGUUACCGGCGUCGCGUGACGCUCUUCUGAGUCCCAUCCCGAAGAUCGCGCCCACCGCUGUUUCUGGGGUCGCGUCGCAAGCACUCGCCGGCAUUCCCGCCAAGCCUGAAAAGAAGAAGGACAAGUUCAUUCCUGGUUUCGGGACGGAGAUCGACGAGACCAUUCACGAGAACGCGGUUAAGAGCAUCUCCGUGCCCGAGGAGAGGAGGGACCCCGAGAGGGGGUCCUGCGCAAGGGAGGAGCCGGAGGCGGCGGCGCCGACGACGCCCCCGCCGCAAGUCGAUAAACCAAGGGUGGUGAUCUCUCAGGAAGAGACGGAGGACGCCGUCGCCGCCCUCCUCGAGGAGACCUUCGGCGGCUCUACGGAAGAUUUCUCCUAUGAAGGUGACGAAGAGGCCACGGAACCUGACGGAGCGGCUGGUCCUGCGACCGAAGCUCCCGAGGAGGACGUUGAAGAAAUGCAGCAGGCGGUCGAGAGUCUGAACGCAUCCGGGGAGGCCGAAGCCGAGACCGAGGCGGAACUGGAGCCCGAGCCGGAACCGGAACCGGAGCCGGAAGCAGAGCCGGAACCGGAACCGGAGCCGGAAGUCGAAUCGGAGCCGGUGGCGGAGCCAGAACCCGAGGCCGAGCAGGAACCGGAGGCUGAAGUGGAGGCCGACCUAAAGCCCGACACUCCCCAAAGCGAGCAUGACCUGCAAAUAGACACCGACACGGAGGAGGAUCCCAACUACGAGACCUUCGACCUGACUCAGCCCCCGAAGACGCCGGACAUCCCGUCGUUCUAUAAGGCCCCCAGUGGAGCGAAGACGCCUCAGUCAGCAGAGAAACCGCCAUUGGAGGUGCGCUCGACGCCGACCAGCGUCGUCGCCACGGCCAAGACACGCAGUCCACCUGCUACUGUCAUCGCCCAUUCUUGGAGUGUAAAUGGUCACAAGCAGUCAAGGGAUGUGACUAAAGCGGCAGCACCGGCAGAUACCCUUGCCUCUCCGUCAUCGUCCACCAUCGUGGUGACUUCAGAGAGCGACAGGACCCCUGCAUCCGCACCACCGACGCAGUACAAGGCGCCGUUGCUCGUCACUUGCGGAGUGCCGGUCGUCACCGAGGCACCCAGGGUGGUGGCGCAGGUCGCAAGUCCAAAACCAAGUUUGCCAUCGCCCUUGCCUCCGUCGACGCCCCCCGUGGGACCGGCACCAACUCCCUCGGCGUUGUCCAGUCCUACUGGCCAGCAACAGGUGCAUCAACAACUCCAGCAAUUGCAACAACCGCAGCCUCCUCAGCAACCUCAACAGCCACCGCAACCUCCAUUGUACCAGAGAUUGUCGGUUUCUCCACAGUCUCAGGUGGUGCGCCAGAUGCCGCCCUGCAGAGUGCAGAACGCCCUGACCUCGGGCUCCGUGUCCACGUCUAACCAGGCACCUUUGCCCCCGUUGGUGCCAUCUCGAGUGUCGCCGAUGGUUCCUGGCCAGCUUUCACCACGCAUACCACAGCCCAUGUCUCCAACCAAUGGACAGUGGUCAAGGAUGGCCACGGCCCCGGGUCCCAGGGUGUCCAGCCCAAGUGUCGGAGGCAAGCCGUCACCACCACCGGCCAGGAUCCCCGUCAGCGUCCCCAUCUCUGCUCAUCGACCCGAUGUCACCGCCCAGCAGAUUUACUCCACAGCUGCGGCUAGCCAGCAGCCGGUGAUCCAACAUGCACCCGGGAUGCGUGCCCUGGCUCCGAAUUACCCUCGGGGAGGUUUACCUCCACUGACCUUGAGCAUUCCUCCGAGACCCUACAUGCCGGUUCCACCUCUUGCUCCAGGAAGCGGGAUCAAGGUCGCUAGGGACGUGGCAGUCAAGUCCGUCAUAGAGACCCUGCUUCCGGUGAACUCCAACGAGCUGCCCUCUCAGAGGCUGGAGGAACCCAAGUUGUCCUCGGCGGUCAUCCCGGAGCCUGUCAGCAAGGCCUCGACCUCGCCGAAGGUGCCCUCGCCUAAUCAGCCGCCUACCUACAUUCCGGAGACGGCGAAGAUAGAGAUCAGCGCCAGGACGGUCACGCCUCCUGUCUUUGGCAAGGCCGUGGCUGUCCCGGUCGUCCCCAGCGGCGCUAUUGGCGGGGUCUCCUCUGCUGUUAAUUCGAGUUUCACCGUUAAUUCUAUCGUAAACGUCGCCGUAGGCGGUAACGUUGGACCCGAAGAAGGCUGCCAUCCGUCCCCCAGGGCCCAGAAGUUGGUUACCGUCUCCAUACCCGAUGGGAACAUGGCGUCGCCUAGGCAAAAGCAGGAGCUUCAGAGUCAUCAGCUCUUGACCACGACUCAGGUCUCCAGGUCUUCCACGCCGAGCCCGGUGAUCGUUGCCCAUGGACACUCACAUCUGGUCCAUAAGAUGCCAUCCGCAGGGCUCAGGUCGCCGGAUCCUGGGGUCAACAUCACCCAGGCUGUUCACAAGGCUGCGCUUCCGGUGGUACCUGUCUCUUCAUCGGUGACCCCGAUCACUGCAGCACAUUCUCCGGUCUCGUCGGCUCAGUGCCCGAUUACCGAGGUCGUGACCUCGGUGCCAAGUCAGAUCGUCACCGCGGCCCAGGGUGUACCUUCGAGCAAGCCGCAUCAUCUUCUGCCCCCGUUAACCCCAACUUCGAUCCAAGGUGUUCCAGGUCACACGAAACCACCUGCGACCUCGAGUUCACCCGAACAUCACGUGAAGCAAGAAUCCAUCGAGGUCGAGCAGACUCAGAACCUUCAGAGCGACCACGAACAGCCUAUGCAAUUGACUCCACCCGUGAGACCAGCAGCGGAAACUCAGGACAUUGCGGAAGUUGCCGAAGAGCCAAAGCCUAGUCUAGACACCGAAAUUAAAGCGGUAAAACAGGAGAAGGAAACGAUUGAGAAAGAGGAGUCCAGGGUUCUUGGCAGAAGGCCGUCGACCGAGGUCACGGUAUCCGUCAAGGUGGAACAGGAAGUACCACCAUCGGUUAAAGAGAACCCUGAAGAGGUCGAGAAGAAGGCUAACGUCAAGGAAGAGAACAUCCCUGUGAAGGAGGAAUCUAUCGUGCAGGUGAAGGACGAAGUCGUGACCGUCAAGGCGGAGAAUUUGGACAUCAAGCAGGAGUUCAAGCCUGACGAUGCUGAUUUGGAUGAAGAGACCCUGGACCAUCUUCGGGAGCCCAACACCGAUCCUUUGGCCAUUGACACGAUGAAGGAGGACCCCAGCGACAGCAAAGAGGACAGCGACUACUGGUCCGCGAAGGAGGUGAACAUCGAAAGCGUCAUUAAGAAGGUGGAUGCCCUCUGCGAUGGCGACGACGAGGCGUCGCGUCCGGGUGCGGACCGGAACGGGGACCAUCAGGAGACCAUCAAGAUCGAGCCAGCGGAGUCUUGGUUCGACGCGGAGAACGCCGAUGCCGAGCACAAGAAAAGUCUCUCCAGCGAGGACCACGACGAAGGCGUAGAGACUUGUGAAAUGGAUUCGUUGACGUCGUCCUCGACCACCAGGACGCGUCGAGGUAGGAAUAAGGGGCGUCGCGGUGCCGCCUCCGGUCGUGGGGCCGGAAACGCCGGAGCAGCCGGUGCAGGAAUGACGACCAGACGAGGAGGACGCAACGUGGCGAACGCUGCUCAUCGACGUGGGGGCAGGACCACCAGGGGUAACAAGCACCAGGAGAAGAGCAAGUUGCCAGCCGAUGUGUACGAAUUCCACGACGACAGCGAAGAGGACAACGCGGGCCGACCCAGACUCAUCCUGACCAUCAAAUCGCCAGGGCCGAACGUGGCCGGGAACAACGCGCAGGCCGUCGCUCCGGUCGCCGCCGUCAAGGAAGUGCCGCCCGAGGAGUUCGUCUCGCCAGCGGCGAACACCCGGAAGUCGAGGAGACUCGCCGAAAAGGACGGCAGCCGCAGCACCGUGGACGACGUCAUCGAGUACGUCGUCCGCGGUUCCGCGGUGAACAAGGCGGCCGCCACCGGGGCGGCGGUCCACGCGACCAGGAGGAGCACCAGGCACAACAACACCCUGAGGAUGGCCCAGCAGUCGGUCCUCUCGGGACAGGCGCAGCCAAUCCCCGGCGUGACCAAUACUCUGCAGACGGGAGGCUCAUCCUUGGCGAACGCCUCGGCGGAGCCGAGGAAGUCGUCCAGAGGGAGUCGCAAGGCCGCGCGACGCGCCUCCGAGAACAACGACGACAGUGGCGAGGAGAAGAACAGGGACCUUCCGAUCGCGUCUUCAGGGUCUUCGACCUUGUCGACGCCGACUCUCGCCAAGCCUGGCGAGGUGCAAGAUGUGCACAGGUCGCAACAGCCGGCCAAGAAGGAACCUGCAACGCACGACGGGAUUAAAGUCAAGAUAGCGGAGGAGACUGGCCAGGGUGGGACCUUGCCAGCACAGAAGCCCACCUCCCAUGAGCCCAUGACCCUGAUAGACCCGGUCACCGGGAUGCUGAUACCGAUGCGCGAGUCGGAGGAAGGUCAGUACAUACCAGUCUCCACGAGUGCUGGUCUAGCGACCAGGCCUGUGACAACGGAUUCGCGUGCUCCUUUAGCUGCCGGUCCCGUCAUCGGGGAUGUCUCGCGAGCCAGGCUGGCUCCUCAGGGAACCUGCCAGGUCCACGAGGCGCAGGAAGAGAAGAAGCCAAUGGAAAAGCCGUCUCCUGUCAUAGAGGCCAAGGGGCAAACACCAUCGAUACCGGGCGGGAAGCCGCGUUCUCCAGGGCCGCAGCUUCCUCUGCAUUCGGUCGCUCCUACCCUGGUUAUCCAGGCCGCCUCCACGACGGCGGUCGUUUCUACGGCCACCUUGUCCACGUCGACGGCGAGCAUAGCUUCCAGCGUGACCAACGUCUCGGCACCGGUCACCGGUGUCUUGGUGGUAACGCAGCAAACUUCCGUCUGCUCCUCGCAGACCAAACCUACGAGUCUGAAAGCUCACGUCCUGAAUGCCAGCAAACUGGCCAAUCCAGCGCAACAAGUUGUCACCAAACCAGUUGUGACCACCGUGCCCGGUCAGACCGUCGUCCAGAACGUGGGAAAACAACCCGCCCCGACCAUCCAGGGCUUGAACCUCCAGAUACCGGUCGGAAGAGUAGUUUCUCCGAGCCUCAGUCCACGUACCAAGCAGCCUCCGGGCACUGGGAAGCAGCUGCAACAAGGCCAGCCCAUGUCGCCGGUCCUCGGCAGUGCCGUUCCUCCCAAUCCCAAACAGCAUCUUCUUCAGGCCGCCAAACAGCAGGCGGUUCAUCCUCAUCCGCAGGCGCAACCACCUACGAUUAUCGGUCACCCUCAGAAAUUACCUAUCAACGUACAUCCUCCCAACGUUCCGACCGUCGUCGCUCCUGCGCAGAGGAUCCAUCAGGUCACCCCGCAACCCGUUGCCCUCAAGGUCGUAAAUGGCCAGACGCAUCCUCUGAAUCCGAAAGCGCACCUUUUGCAGGCCGUAGCUUCGCCCAUCAUCACCGGCAAUGCCGCGAGUCCGCCUACUCAGUCUCAUCUUAUUGGUCCACAAGCCAUGGUCACUGGAGGCAGCUGCUCUAGGUCUGCCGCUCCGAAGCCCCAAGUUCAGAUUUCCGGAACGAUGGAACCUCCCAAGGUAGAAGUUUCCAUGUCCGGGUGCAUUAUGGUACCAACAGCCAGUCCACAAGGUCGAGUGCCCAUAUCCAACUACGAGGCGACUCUUCAUGGCGCUGGUGCUGCUCCGUCACCUGGGAGUCAGUACGGACUGGUUCCUCCGCAUCGUUCCCAGAGUCCUCCGUUGCCCCCACCUGCCCAUCAUCACGCUAAUGCUCCUCAGGGGGAUGUUGUCAACCACUAUGGAGGUCUCGCUCGGGGAGAGAUACCAGCACACUAUAUGCAUCAGCAGGUACUUCAGUACCAGUACCUACGCGCCCACCAGGAAGCCCUGACGGCACCUAGAAUAGCCUAUCACGUCUCGGGCACCAGGUCACCUCACCUACCAUUGGAUCCCAAGUUAGACACCGUGGCGGCCGGAGAAGAGGGUCACAGUCCCCCGCUAGAAUUAAGACGUGGCACCAGGACCCCACAGGACCGUACUACUGACAGCCCCCAGGUCGCUCAAGUAUACAUGUUGCAUAGCGGAACCAGAUUACCGCCCCAAUACACCGGGAACAACACCGCUUUGAGUGGUGCACCCGCGGGACCACCACGAGGCGGAUAUUACGAGCCUCCGCCUGCUCAUUUGCGCUCUCAAUACCCCAUGGCUGGCAGCGAAGCACCCACCGACAGGGCCAUAACCCCGGACAGACCACCCCGAAAGCACCAGGUCGCCACCCCGCCUCAUGUUUCCCAGGUACCUCCGCAGGCAGACUCGUUGCUGAUGCUACUGCAGAGGUAUCCGGUCAUGUGGCAAGGUCUUCUGGCGCUGAAGAACGACCAGGCAGCGGUGCAGAUGCACUUCGUCUUCGGCAAUCCCAACGUCGCCAGAGACAGCCUGCCGUGCAACAACGACGGCUCCACGCCUCCCCUUAGGAUUGCCCAGAGGAUGCGACUAGAGCAAACUCAGGUCGAGGGUGUCGCCAGGAAGAUGCAGACUGACAACGAGCACUGUAUGCUGCUCGCCCUGCCCUGCGGUCGCGACCAUUUGGAUGUGCUGCAGCAGAGCAAGAAUCUCCAGACUGGAUUCAUCACAUACCUGCAACAGAAGCAGGCUGCUGGGAUCGUCAACAUCGCCGCGCCUGGCUCGCAGCAGCCGGCAUACGUGGUGCACAUAUUCCCAUCGUGCGACUUUGCAAACGAGAGCCUGGCCAGAAUCGCGCCGGACCUCCUGCACCGGGUCGCGGAGAUCGCGCACCUGCUCAUCGUCAUCGCCACGGUCUGAGAAGAGAUACUGCGUUGGAUCUUAUCUUCCGUAGACCCGAAGACCGGGGGACUCCCAAGUGGACCCCCGGCCGGGCCAGUGCCGCCUCCUGGAGGCCUCGUCGCGUCCAUCGGCGACUUCCUGGGGCCUACCCGGACGCGCGGCGAAACCGACCCGCGACUCAACCCGGACCCGCGGGGGACUCCCCGAGUAGUCCCCCGAUUGCAUCGCUGACAAUCAAAUGGAGAACCGACCCGGUCCUACGCCGGCUGGAUCUGCGUGAGGUUGCCGAUCGCGCCCAGCGAGGUCCCCGUGCCCGAGGGACGGGCCGGCACCGUCGAGCUCCCGAGAUCCUCGGCGUGCCCUCCUCUCCCCGGCUGAGCCCUUCCCAGGGCGCCCAGCCCAGACAAUUUGUAGGGGCGACCGACUUGACUCUUGGUCUCCCCGACAAGUGCGUCGACGCGCACGGGCUCCUCCCCGAAGCCCUCGAGAAAACCCGGAACACCCCGAGUGUGUAUAUACGUACUGAUAUAUGCACACGUACACGCCCAUAAGAUAUAGCAGUGCCGCGCGAACGUAGAGCAGAAGAGAGGUACCGAUGUCCACCACCCGCUUCUCUGGAGAUGGUGCGCGCGGUCGCGGCCGUGCUCCGCCGCCCACCCACAGACACACAUACACAGACACGUACACACCUACCUUAUACACGAAUUACUUUGUAAGGCAUAGACGUUAAUACUGUAAAGAUUAAGUGAGCCAGCGAGGGCAUAACUACUGUGAUUUUAAUUAUUUAACGAUAUAUAUCUACAUGAUGGAAAACAUAAAUGAGGCCGUGUCUGGUCGAACGCGCGCGCGAUAUGUGAUGUGUUUUUGUAUAAUACCGCUCUAUAUAAAUACCUAUGUAUUAUAUAUCGUAGGAAGGACGGCCGUCGGGUCGCCGUUGCCGUUGCCGAUUCCGCUGAUGCUCGUUAGCGAACCUAGAGGAGUAAUUUAAUAACCUAGAAGACACACACGCGGAGACCAGUUAACGCGCUCCCCGGAGUUAGGGAUCCCCUCCGCCCCGCGUAGACGCGUCGCUACCCCCGUUGUACUAUACACUUCUCCUUAGCAGGAUGUAACAUAUUAUAUCUAGCGCUAUGUACAUUAUAAAGAUUUGUAAUAUUAAUUAUUAAUGGUACGUCAUCGCCAUCCUUGAUUUUUCUCGUCACGGUCAUCGUUCUCGCGUUCGUUAUCGCUAGGACUACUCUUAUGGCGACUACUACUUCUACCACUGUCCCUGUUACUACCUACUACCGAGAGGCUUACUAAUCGCCGUUACUAAUUGCUAACGUUGCCACCUUCGCGCUGCUGUUGUUCCCACCCCGUUUGUUCGUGUUCACCUGGAGUGCGUACACCUUGUCCCGGUACGUAGGAGUAGGGUACAAAAUGAUUCCAUUUGUUUUCACUUUGAGCCCCUGCGGCGAAUUUUUCCCACCUAAUUUGACAAAGGAAAUAUUCCGUUAGACCACUUCCCCAUUUUAGGAACCACCCGUUUUCGCACGGAUACUGCCAAUUGUUUCUUUGCGCCAGGUUGACAUUUUAAUUUUUUUCUUGAAAAUUCCAAUUUGGUCAAGAUUACAGAAAUAAUCGGUCUUGGUGCGUUCUUUAAUUUCUGCUUGAAAUCCACUCGAAGUCUUGGAGGUCCAUUCGAAAUUUAGUGGAGCUUGGAGAGGGCGUUUAUCUUCCCUUUACACGCAUUCCAGGCGUACAUCCUCGACCUCUGUUACCCCUGUACUAACACGCCCCUCUAUUGCCCUCUGUUUCCGUUUAAACGGUAUCCACUAUCACCCCUACUACCAUCGCUACACUAUCACCACUACUAUUACUAUACUACUACUACCACUACUACUAUUACUACUACUACUAUUGUUAUGUCUACUACUGCUGCUAUGAAUUAUAUUUAAAAGUUAAUAUACGGGCUAGUUAGAAGAGUGACACCGGGCCGCGCAUUACGGGGCUCAUAGAAAGUCAUACCGCCGCCCGAGUAUGAUCGAUCUCAUUGUCCGUUGAUGCCGCUGCACUUCCAUCCCUACUCGUUAAACCGAACGAAGAAAACCCGGGGCGAGUCUCGCCGAGGGGGGCCUCGUAUAUAGGAUUCCCUUAGAAUUGUGUCCAGGAUAAUAAUGCGCUUGCGUGUAUAGGAACCAGAAUAAUGCAAAAACGUUAUGCCGUGUCGCCCGAGAUGUCCCCGAGAGAGUUGACAAAGUAUAUACAGUACGUAUCGAGCAACUACCUACUACUAUACAUUGUUAUGCCGACGCGCCUAGAGCGCGGGCUCUAGAUUAAAAUGAAACUUAACAAAGAAAAAAAAAACAAAAACAAAAAAGAAGUAACGAAAAGGACCUCGAGUGCGAAGGACUUUUCGGGAUGGACGAGGUGUGUAUCUCUUGAUGUGUACUAGGUGGCGUUGCGGAAUUCCGUUUCUAUUCGAGCGCCGCUUCGCGUUUAGGAAAACGGCGAUCGUCCUGGCGGACUCGGGCUGCGCUCCGAAACCCGUCGUCUUCGGGGAUUCUAAUCGAGGAUUACGCGAUUAUGUAUAUUUUAAUUUCUCCUUUAAUUUUAUUUCUAAUUUAUCACGCGAUCAUAUGGGCUGCGUCUGACGCGCGGAGGUGUAUUGCCUGGUCGACGACUGGCUUCGGAUCGCUACCUCGCGAUGCCGUCUCGACGUUAAGUGUAGGAGUGUUAAAUUUAACCCGAUGGCAGGACCUCCCAAAACGUUGCGCGUCCUGGUAUGCAACCUUGGUGGCUUCGGUCGUUUGUAAUUAUUUAUGAAUUUCGAAAGAGAGAGAGGACUCAUUUUUUUUUAGGCCCACGCAAAGGGGAGAACGCCAUUUUUGUUUCUUGUUAUUUAACAAUCGCUCGAUGGGUUUCUAAAGUUUUGAUAGAAACGUUUUGUAAAGGGGGAAACGGAGCGGCUGCGAGAGACUUAUUCUUACGCAGGAGAUGUGAAAUUGUUAAUAAUAUGGCGGUCAGGUGCGUCAUCGAAACUGGCCUCGAUUUACGCAUUCGAUGACCGUUCCGGAUCUUUACGAAAUAGUUGCAAAGUAUAGGCUAGGCGUUUAUAAGAAAACUCGUCAUAUUUCGCUUGUAUGACAGAAGCGUGCACGCAAUGACAAGAUUAUAAGUUAUAUUUUCUUUUUUAUUCCGGAACUCAUCGUGACGCUGCUGACCGCGCUUAGUAAUUUUCUUUCCCCUGUGGACUCUUCUCCCUCGCAGCCGCUGCUUCGCAAAUCGAAUCCUCAAUGAGCCGCUUCCUCCUGGUUCUGGGGCAAGGAAAAAAUCUGUAAUUAUUUUGGACAGAUUACAAACGAGCGAAGACCCAUUAAUGUACCAUCCUUAUGACGUGAUCGGGUCGUCUCGUGGGUUUUUCGGCCGAGCGUUUAAGGUGCUAUGAAAAUGGCAUUCCAAGGGUUAAUUGUUGAGAAAACUUUUCCUCAAACAGGGUGUAACGACACUUUUGAAAUUCGACCACGUGAACAUGUAGGCCGGGUACAAAUUCCCGAUGCUCGUGAAAUGUAAUUCUUUGAAUUCGAAAUUAAACAAACGAUUCUACGGAGAUUUAGGCCAUCCGCGUUCCCGUGGUAAGGUUUCAAACGAUAAGGUUCAUCUAGUUCGGCGAAAAGUUGCAUAAAACCCCCCAAACAUGAAUUUCGUACCACCUUAAUACUAGAACUACCAGACCAGUAAAAAUGACUGGUCUCAAAUGGGCCAUCCUGUAGAAAAGAAAUCCGCCGGUAGUUCUAGUGGCACAAAUCGGCUCGGCAAAUCACGGUGGACGAGGUCCACGGGAAAAGUAGUAAGGAAAGAAAGGCGCUCCGAAAAGGAGAAAGGAAAAACCUGCGAAGACGAUCGGUCCCCUCGUCAGAUCGGCCCGCAGGAGAGUCGUCCGGUUUCCCUCCCUUCGCACCGGUAGAAGGCCUUCCGUUGUCCAUCCGCGUUCCAAAGAUGCCCGACGCAUUGUGUAAACGAAAUGUCGAAUGUUCCUCACGAGUCCGACGGAUGCGUUAAGCGAGACGAGUGUCGGCCAGCCUGGGUCACGUCCCUACAAAAGUAAAACCUAGCAUUAAGCCUGCGUAAAAGGGGGAAAAAAAAGUAAGAGGAUACUUCGCGGAUAGCAUGUGCAUGUACAGUGUAAAAGAAUACGUUGUGCAUAUGUACAGUACUAGAGGGUAAACGAGCGCGAGCGAAGUAACGCGAGAGGUAUAGAGAGCGUAUACAUAUACAUAGAUUACGGAGUAACGAGUAAGCGAGACGGCCGACCUCGGCGCAUACACUGCCCGACACGUCGGGCGAGUUUCCGGAAGUAGAGAAAGGGGAGAAAUGCGUUUCCGGUAGGUGGGCUAUAAAAGUAGCGUUCGCGUCGUAGUCGAGGUAUAUUAUAAGUGAUAUAAACGGUGUAAACGAUUCGGGGCCGGGAAAAUGAUCGCGCAGUGUAUGCGCUCGUCGCGCCUUUACCUAUCUUGUAAAAUAUCUGUGAAUACUAUGAUUUAGUUUCUUCCUAUUCUAGGCUACUGGUAUACAAAGUUUAUGUUUACUCGCGUAAGGAGAAUGUACAGAUAUCACAUCUUUUGUUUUGUGUUUUACUGUAGUUAUUGGUAAUUAUAUGGAUAAUAAUGAUAAUAAUAACUAUGACUAAAAGAUCUA